AAUAACCGAUUUUCUCUGACCGCCUCAGCACUCAAUGUGGUCACAGAUGCAUUCUGUUGAAAUUAUUGAUGUUAAACUGCAGACAAGUGCCUGAACGAAUGAGCAUAUCAAUACAAUUUUUAUAAUAUGAAGCUGUUGCCAAGUGGAAUAUGUUUUUGUCUGUCCGUGGCAGUUUGCUGGUGCACAUCAAGGGUCGACGCAUCGUGGUGGUACAUGGGCACUCUUGGAUCGCAAGUGAUGUGUGACAACAUCCCCGGGUUAAUUAACAAACAACGCCAGCUGUGCCGCCAGCAUCCCAAGGUGAUGCAGGCAAUUGGCGCUGGUAUUAAAAACUGGAUUGGAGAAUGCCAGCACCAGUUCAGGAACCAUCGGUGGAAUUGCAAUACCAUGGCGCGCGAGCACAAUCUUUUUGGGAAGCUUUUGCUUCGAAGCAGUCGUGAGGCCGCCUAUGUCUACGCUAUUUCAUCAGCAGGUAUGGUCCACACCUUGACCAGGGCGUGCAGUCAAGGUGAACUAGACACCUGCUCUUGUGACCCGGAAAAGAAGGGCUCAUCUCAAGAUGCCAAGGGAGCUUUCGACUGGGGUGGGUGCAGUGAUCACGUUGACCAUGCAAUCAAGUUCACUCAGGUCUUCAUUGACGCCAAGGAGAGAAAGGAGAGGGAUGCCCGGGCACUCAUGAACUUGCACAACAACCGUGCAGGGAGGAAGGCAGUGAAGCGCUUUAUGAACCUAGAGUGUAAAUGUCAUGGUGUCAGCGGGUCAUGCAAUGUGCGUACCUGCUGGUUAGCCAUGGCUGACUUCAGGCAGACUGGUGACUAUCUGCGCAAGAAGUACAACAAUGCCAUUCAGGUGGUGAUGAACCAGUAUGGAACAGGCUUUGCAGGUGCCUACAGGAUGUUUAAGAGGCCCUCCAAAAAUGACCUAGUAUACUUUGAAGACUCACCUGACUACUGUAUAUGGGACCACGAGUCUGGCUCUUUGGGCACAGGUGGGCGAGUGUGCAACCGUACAUCUCGAGGGGCUGACAGCUGUGAGGUCAUGUGUUGUGGGCGGGGAUAUGACACAUCACGCAUGAGCCGCACCACCAAGUGUGAGUGCAAGUUCCACUGGUGUUGUGCUGUUCAGUGCAGGGACUGCCAUGAGGAAGUAGAUGUGCAUACCUGCAAAGCCCAGUCAUCAUGACCCUACAACUUCUGCACUUGAUUUAAAGUUCAGAUGCCAAACCUUUGAGCAAGGUUUACAGUGCUUACUUUUAUUAGAUUAUAUAGAUAAGACAUCGCAGCAUGGCAAACACAAAUGUCCAACUUAUUACAACAACACAGGUUUGAUCUUUCAGAUCCAUUUUGUAUCACAACUGAUUUUAAAGUCUAAAGUAGAUGUAUCAGGCAACCAUUGUUUUGUCAUCUUUACUCAUUAUUUUAAU